GAAAAAAUUUCCCAUUUCAUCUUUCUUUUUUGUAUCGUUCCAAUUUUAGCUAAAUUUUUACACUAUUCUAUGGCUCCUAAGGCAGAAAAGAAACCUGCAGCAUCGGAAAAACCUUCUGAUGAGAAAGUUCCGGCGGAGAAGAAACCAAAAGCCGGAAAAAAGCUUCCUACGAAGGAUGUGGGCCCCGGUAUUGGAGAAAAGAAGAAGAAGAAGGUGAAGAAGAGUUCCGAGACGUAUAAGAUCUAUAUAUUCAAAGUGUUGAAACAAGUGCAUCCUGAUAUUGGUAUUUCAAGCAAAGCGAUGGGAAUAAUGAACAGUUUUAUUAAUGAUAUAUUUGAGAAAUUGGCGCAAGAAUCAUCUAAGCUUGCGAGAUAUAAUAAGAAACCUACAAUUACGUCGAGGGAAAUUCAGACUGCUGUUAGAUUGGUGUUGCCUGGUGAAUUGGCUAAGCAUGCUGUAUCCGAAGGGACGAAAGCAGUUACAAAGUUUACAAGCUCUUAAUUUAUUAGGGUUAUUUUGGGAAUUGGUCAUUAGGGUCAUUUUAUGGUUAGAAUUGAUUUUUUUUUAAUUUGUCAUAUUCUGUUUUGAUGGGAUAAUGUAAAGUAUAAUGCCGUUGUUAAUCAAUGAAAUCUUCUUUUAGUUGUUGAUCUUGUAUGUCACUUCUGAGACGUACAAGAUCUAUAUA